GAUUUAUUUUGAUCUUGCAUCUUUUUCCUAGAUAAACUCUGUGGAAAAUAUAGUGAUCUUUUUCGAUGGAAAAUCCCAAUGGUGAGGGUAGUGGGCAAUCUGAAGAACUGAAGCCAUCGUGCCCUGAGAGGAAACAACAUAUGGACUAUGAUGAUGGAAAGAUGGUGCAUGAAUCUAUCAAUCCAUUUCCUUCAGAUGAAAAUUCAGAAAUUCUUGUGAGAAAAAGCUUCACAGAAGAACCAAAGAAGAAGGAAGACAAAGAUGAUUUUCAAGAGCCUGAAGUUAGACACAGAAGCAGAAUGAGGACUAAAAUUUCCAAAAGACAUGCUGGGGAAAGACUUCAUGAGAUCGUGUGUUGUACUGCUUGUGGUCAACAAGUGAACCAUUAUGAGGAUUCAGUGUAUAGACAUCCUGCACUGAAUGUUCUUAUUUGUAAGAGCUGCUACACAUAUACGAGUGAUGACAUAAGCAAUGAUGCUACUAGACCUCAUAAGCACUGCAGAUGGUGUGCAGAAGGCGGAGAGUUAAUUAUUUGUGAUUUCUGCCCUAAUGCUUUUUGUAAAAAAUGCAUUUGGCGCAAUCUAGGGAAAAAGGAGAUGGCAAAAGUGAUGGAUAAGAACACUAAGUGGAGUUGUUACAUUUGUCAGCCAGAGCCUUUAUUGGAUUUGGUUGCCAUAUGUGACUGUGUAUUUGACAAUUUAUCACACUUAGAUCAGCAGUCUAAAAAGAAAAAGUUAGUAAGUAAAAAGCCUGAUAACACAUGUGAUCAUUUAGAGAAAUUAAAACAUGGAAGUUGUGAUGAAGAGACACAUCAGGUGUAUAACCCUUCCUCUGAUGCUCCACCACCCCCUUUUUCCACAUUACUGAUUCCAGAAGCCUUAAUUGAGAAGACAGAAGCAUUGGUUGAGAAUGUGAGAGAGACAAACACUACUUUUCUGAAACAUUUGCAACAAACAUCCCCUUAUUCAGUUAGUCCAAGUGAGAGGGAAUGUCAGUAUGAAAUUAUGAAACAUAUGGUAAUGGAGAUACAUAAUGCUCAGGAGGCCUUGGAAGAUUGCCUGAGUAAUGAAGUAAUAAAAAUGGUUGUUAAAGAGAUAGAUGAAAAUAAUAAAGACAGAGAAAAUGAGAAUGUUUAAAAAAAUACUAAAACUCUCAAGAUUUCUUUGUUGGGAUGGGAUAAGAGAUAUUUCCUUGUCCCCAGCUACAAUGUGAGGGCUUCUGUUCUGUCCAAUUGGAUUUGUUUUGUUUGGGGAUUUCACCCUCUGUUUGCUUUCUGAACGCUGCCUCUUGUUACUGUCAGUCUGCCCUGGGGGGAGGAGAUGCCCAGUUCUCCUGAGAUGUGAUCAA